UGAAUCGUGUUACUAUUCACUCAACCAAAUUCACAACCUGGAUGAAGGCAAAUGAAAUGUACCCCGAGGCCAAGUUAUUGACAUAUUCUGAGUUUCCAAUUAAGUUCACGUGGAAAAAACUUCAAAAACGUGGGUACCGAGAAAGAAGAGAUUUGUCGUUGGGAGACUCUAUUUUUUUCGUCCAGGCAUAGGCGAGAAGUACUACCUUAGAAUGCUUCUCAAUGUUGUAAGAGGGCCUACCAGUUUUGAGGAAUUGAAGACCAUUAAUGGUACUAUCCAUGCCACAUUCAAGGAUGCUUGCUAUGCAAGAGGUUUGCUUCAAGAUGACAAAGAUCAUAUUGGUUGCAUUAAACAAGUAAGUCAUUGGGGAUUUGCGCACAGUCUCCGUGAGUUAUUUUUUACCUUGCUGACAUCAGAUGAACUUUCAAAGCCAUAAGCGGUGUGGGAGCAAUGAUAGGAGGAUUUAUCAGAUGAUGUACUAUAUAAUAUAAGAAGGAACCUCAACGAUCAAGAUGCUUUAGCUGAGGAGCAUUCCAAGUUAUUGCAAGACAUGACUGAAGAACAACACAAUGUGUAUGACAUACUCAUGGCUUCUGUUAGUGGAAAUCACGGUGGUAUCUAUUUUGUAUAUGGUCACGGAGGUACUGGAAAAACAUAUUUGUGGAGAACUCUGUCGACAACUAUAAGAUCUCGUGGAGGUAUAUUAUUGAAUGUGGCAUCCAGUGCCCUUGCAUCACUUCUCCUUCCAGGUGGGCGUACAACACACUCUAGAUUUGCUAUUCCAUUAACAACGGUAGAAGACUCAACAUGCAACAUCAAGCAUGGUAGUGAAUUGGCCAAGUUAAUUCAAAUGACAGGCUUAAUUAAUUAGGAUGAGGCUCCAAUGACAAAUAAGUAUUGCUUUGAAGCUCUUGAUCUCACUAUGAGGGACACCAUUCGAUUCACUGUCACUUGUGAUGCUACUAAACCUUUUGGAGGGAAAACAGUUGUAUUUGGCGGUGACUUUAGACAAAUAUUACCAGUUAUUCUGAAAGGCAAUUGACAAGAUAUUGUACAUGCAUCUCCGAACUCUUCCUACUCGUGGCAAUUUUGUAAGGUACUUAAACUUACAAAGAACAUGAGACUUAUAGGUGGCAAUUCUGUUGUUUUGAAGAGUUUUGCGGAUUGGAUUUUGCAAAUUGGAGAUGGUGUUGUAGGCGAUGAUGAAGACGGUGAAUCAAUGAUUGAAAUACCUCAGACUUUUCUCGCUCCUUUCAUAUCUAAUCCUAUAGAAUCUAUUGUGAGUUGUACAUACCCUGAUAUCUUGGAAAAUGGAACCAAUCCUUCCUAUUUGACUUCGAGAGCCAUUCUUGCUCCAACAAUAGAGGAUGUAGAUAUGAUAAAUAAUUACAUGUUAAGUUUGAAUACUUCCGAGGAGAAGAUCUAUCUAAGCAGUGAUUUGGCAUCCUCUUUUGAUUCAGAAAUCAAAUUGCUUGACGAGAUCCAUUCACUUGAAAUCCUUAAUGGAAUACGUUGUUCUGGAGUUCCGGCACAUGAAAUAAGGUUAAAGGUAGGUGUUCCUGUCAUGCUCAUGAGGAAUAUAAAUUUCUCUUCAGGGUUAUGCAAUGGUACUCGACUUAUUGUGACCCGGCAUGGAGAUAAUAUUAUUGAGGCUCAAAUAUUGACCGAAACAAAUGAUGGUAAGGUCUAUAUUCCAAGGCUAACACUUACACCAUCGGGUGUUAGAUUGACAUUCAUGUUUCAGCGUAGACAAUUACCAUUGGUGGUUAGUUACACGAUGACGGUCAACAAGAGUCAAGGUCAG